CAAGACAUCGCGAUGGGUCUGCCCUGAGGCGCUCAUCGUCUGCUGCUGUAAUCACCGCUCCUCUGUCAUCUGCCUCUGCGCAGCGCAGUCCUCAUUGCCUCACCUUGGUAUGUCGUUCGCACCGUAGGCAGACAUGAAAACAAACUCACCACAACAACAACAACAGCGGCCUCUCUCCUCUAAGCAAGCACCAGCAUCUCUCGGAACGCCGUCGCUGGCUACUAAUCCUUCGCCAUGGCCUCAGAAGCAGGAGAUAUCACCAACGGGUCCUCAAAGACCUUCCCGAGCCCGAAGAUCUUCCAAGAGGCUGUGCACAUUGAAGUCGGUCCUGAGGGUGCGAAGUUCAUCGUACACCCUCAAUUGCUUCUCGCUACCGCUGGCUUAUUCCACCGUACCGGUGUUGCUGGUGCCAAAGAUCCCAUCUCACGAAUCUUCAAGUUCGGCAACCGCGAUCCUGUCCAAUUCGGCAUCUUUGUUCGAUGGCUCUAUAAACAACACCCACAGGUCGAUCGAUUCAACAUCAUUCUGGGAGCCUAUCAGUUCGCUAUCACACUUGAUGCUCCAGCCUUUCGGAACUACUUGCUCGGGCUCAUGUGCAAUAAGCUGGUCGAGCAACAAUACUUCCCCAGUGCGACGGAGUUCAAGGAGGUCUGGGAAAAAUCCGACGACCUAGCGGCGGUCAAGAAGCUAUUGCUAGAUGUCUGUGUCUGGGGUACGGCGCAGCCUGCUGCUGGGUGGAGCGAGUUGUUCAAGGAAGUUCCGCCAACUUUCGUCAUGGAUUACGCUGUGGCGCAGGCCUCCAAGGGAAGCCGGGAGGCUCCCUUCACCAAUGGCAUCAAGCCCUACGAAGACGAGGUUCCUGCCAACCGUCAGCAUCCAUACCACGAUCGUGACGCCAAACCCGAUUUCCCGGACUCUACGUUCGCCAAUGCCAUCCAAGUCAAAGUCGGUCCAAACGGCGAGGAGACCUUUUUCAUCCAUGCUGCCUUCUUCCGUGGCCUAGACUCACAACUCGACGCAUUGAUCACUCAAUCGGAGAAUCAGCAGGGCGAUGUGAAUCUACCCCAGACUACAGCGGAGGUCUUCGGACCUGUUGUUGAGUCAGUGUACUUCGGCAACAACGAUGUCUUUAACUCCUUCGCCUUGGCCCCGCCUGUUGAACCUGUAGCGGAGCCAAUGGUCAUCGAUCAUACGGACGCCGAAUCUACUGUUCCAGUCAAUACAUCUGCCACUACAGAAUCUACAGACUCUAGCGAACCUGAAAUAGAUUGGCCAACACGUCCGCAUUCCCGCUAUGAGACACACCGACCGGUUCUUGCCCAGCCUCCCACAGCUCCCGCAGCUUCCGCAGCGCCAGCAGCGCCCACGUAUUCCCACGCUGCCCCUCCAUACUCUCGCGGCUAUGCAGGAUCCAUCAGCGACAGCCCCGAAUACUUGCCCUUGCCGCUCGGAUGGCACUUCUUCGUCUCAGAUUUCCGCAAGCGACUCUACGUUGACCAGAUCACAGGAGCGUACACUCAAUGGGAUCCUCGUGCUGUAGGAAAGCUUCCGCAGGGAUGGGGUGUCCGACUCGAGAUGAACGGAAAUGUAUGGUUCGAGAAUCCUGCCUCCAAGGCUAGGUCCGAGGUCCACCCGUCUACUUCGAAGGACUGGACUGCGGCUCGUAUUCAGACGAUGGGGAAGCGUAAGGCAGCUUUGUUUGGAAUGCCUCAGCAAUAAGUGUUUGUGUUUGCUUCUAUUGCGGUAAGCACAUCACGGUUCUAUGUCCUCUACCACAGACUGUCUCUCACUGACUGUCUACAACUGGUUUUGCUUUCCUAUACGGGGUCGUUUGGUUGUCAGUGAGUACCUGAAUGGGGGCCUUGUGGCGUCGAUUAGGGCACAAGAUGUAGGGACCUCAUACGGAAUCACUUACGCCUACUGGUUGGCUUUCUGCACUAACGAAGUUCCAUUGGAACUAGACUUGCUUAUCAAGUCUACUAAUCAGAAU